AUGUCGUACGUGUACGCCAUUUGUACCGCUGCACUGAUUAUCGCAGUUUGGUUCUAUUUUAGAGCAUUCUUCAAGGGUUCUUAUAAAUAUAUUGCGAUAAUCCUUUUGCCAUUUCUACUCUUCCCAAGUUUUAAAGUUCAUUUAUGUUCACCAGUUGUUUUGGUUAACAAAGACAUAGGAACAAGGUACAAGCUUGCAACAACUGCGGAGGAAAUCUUGCAAGAUUUGGGUGAAUCGUGUUUAAAACAUUUUGGCAAAUCUUUCUACAGUCUUUCUCUUGUUACGCCUCGGGUAACCUUAAAAGUGAGACCACAAGAGAUUGUUGACUUGAAUGCAACUACAAAUUCAGCUUAUGGUGACAACCAAGCAAAAACCUCGAGAUUGUUUCUAAUUUUCUCUCUUCGGAGUGUUCGUGGAAAGACUCACUCGUUAUCGAUGAUAACAAAGGUGCCGUUUCGGUCAACAAAGAUCCUUGAAGGGCUUCAGAAGAAACAAAGCAUGGAACUGACAGGAAGGAUAGUUAAUAUUGGGAAGGAUAUGUUGGAAAUGAAAGCUGGUUUUGAAAGACAGAAACUGUUUGUAAGACCUGUUGUUUUCCAACCGUAUCAUUUUGAAUUGAAUAACGAUGAUGAAUUGUAGAUAAAUUAUGAUGAUUAAUUUGACCUUCAUGGUUUGUGUCACAUACACAUUGAAAUUUUAAAGAUGCCAUUAUUAUAAUGCUGGUAACUACUAUAUCAACCCCCUGAAAAGUGAUUUUGAAUGAUUGCUCUCUCAUAAAAUGAGAAAGCAAAUGACUGACAUCAUGUAAUUUCAUUUCAAUUCAGUAGGAGGAUGGUUUAAUGAUCCAAACACUGAGUUGAUAUUGCAAGGAUCAUUCUGAUACACACAUGUCAGUGAUGUCUUCUUUAUUCCAUCCUAAUGAA